AUGUCAGCCACCAAUAGUACCGUUACACCAUCAUCCCAAGCAUCACAGGACAGUGCUAGUUAUUACAACGGUCUGGUACCGAGCCUUGCAUAUAAUGUGGCCAUGCUUGUCAUUUGGAGUGUGUUAUUGACAAUACAUGUGUUGCAACUGUAUUUGAAGCAGUACUGGUUUUCCACUGGGUUUAUCUGCACUGGGAUUUUAGAAGUACUGGGUUACAUCGGUCGUACAUGGUCUCAUUUCAACCAGGAUAAUCUGAAUGCGUUUUUGCUUAACAUGGUUUGUCUUACUAUCUCGCCAGUUUUUACGUUGGGUUCACUAUAUUAUCAACUGUCGAAAUUAAUUGAAAUCUAUGGUCAUAGUUUUGCACUGCUUCAUCCAUCAAUUUGCUACGCACAUAUCUUCAUAUGUUGCGAUAUUAUCUCAUUGGCGGUUCAGGCUUCCGGUGGUGGUGUUGCUGGUACAGAAUCAGGAGAAGGUAAAAGUCCCCGGCAAGGUACACAUGUGUUUGUUGGUGGGUUGGCAUUUCAAGUGGCGUCUUUGAGUAUCUUCAUAAUUUUAAUGGCUCACUUCGUCUUUAAAGUUUAUAUUCAAACUCGUUGGAGGUACAUGGGGUAUAUGUCUUUUAAGCCCUCCAUUUUUAAGAUAUCCCAAAGAGAUUUGGAACCCAUGUACAGUGAAAAGUACCAAUCAUUGAGGAUAAUGCCCGAUCGCUGGGUUUUCCGCUAUUUUAUCCAUGCUCUCAUAGUGACAGUGCUGCUAGUGUUUGUUAGAUGUGCGUACCGAUUAUCCGAACUGGCUAACGGUUGGUCUGGUUAUUUAGCAGUUCACGAGACCUACUUCAUUAUCCUUGACGGUGUUAUGAUGUCGUUGGGGGCUACUAUCAUGACUGUAUUCCAUCCAGGAUUUGCCUUUAAAGGUAGGUUUGUUUCGAUUCCCAUCACUAAUGCCAAGAAACUCGGUAGUAAUAAUGACUCUCCCAAUAUACCACAGCCAGAGUCUGAGCAAGAAGAAGAUACCGCUACCGCCAGUGAAGAUGAAAAGUACUAUACUAAUGAACCUACAAGUCCGACUACUGGACGUCCUAAACGUGCUUUCUCAUUACCGUCAUUUGGAUCUGGUCCCACACUCACAUCUCUUAUAGGACCCAGUCUCAAGCGUGUAAGCAAUCCAUUUGGCUCAAGAGGUGGAACUAAAAAAACCUAUAAAGAGGGUCUAGAGUCAGAUUUAGAGGAAUCAUCGGGAGUACCGCAUCAAAAUGCAUUGGUGGAAGAACCUCCAUUUAGGGAUUCUGCCGAUGUACCGGAUCCUCAUGAACCAGCUACGCAUAGAGUAGUUUAA